CCUGUCUCCAGUGCGGCACAAUCUACCUUGUUGCCUUGCGUUGAUCCCGGUGACGCUUGUGAGUGGUGGAUAACGAAAAGCUCCAAGGAGCGUGCAGCAAGCUCAUUGGCUAAGCUGACAGCCUGUCUAGUGGAAGGGGAUAGCGGCUCGGUGGACGUAAGCAUGGGCCACUCCAGUUUCAUCUCCCGGCGGCACCUCGAGAUUUUCACUGCCCCGCCCGCUCAGGCCCAGGCCCCUGCCAACAGCAGUAGCGGCCCCGCCUCAGCCAUCACCGGCGACGGGACCGGGACCCAGUCCUCGCCUGUUGCCGCCGGUGCUUCGUCUGGCAGCGGUGAUUUCUAUCUGCGUUGCCUGGGCAAGAACGGCGUCUUCGUGGACGGAGUGUUCCAGCGCCGGGGGGCGCCACCGCUGCAGCUGCCCCGCGUAUGUACAUUCAGGUUUCCCAGCACAAACAUCAAGAUAACAUUUACAGCUUUAUCCAAUGAAAAGAGAGAAAAACAGGAGUCCCCACAGUCCCCAGUGAAACCUGUACAACCCCAGAUUUCUCCCCUAACAAUAAACAUUCCAGACAACAUGGCUCACUUGAUCAGCCCUCUUCCUUCUCCCACAGGAACCAUCAGUGCUGCAAAUUCCUGCCCAUCUAGUCCUCGUGGUGCAGGCUCUUCAGGGUACAAAAUGGGUCGUGUAAUACCGUCUGACUUACAUCUUAUGGCUGACAAUUCACAGUCAGAAAAUGAUAAAGAAGCAUCUGGUGGAGAUAGCCCAAAGGAUGACUCAAAACCACCUUACUCCUAUGCACAACUAAUUGUACAAGCAAUUACAAUGGCACCUGAUAAGCAACUUACACUAAAUGGAAUUUAUACGCACAUAACUAAAAACUAUCCUUACUACAGGACAGCAGACAAGGGCUGGCAGAAUUCAAUACGUCACAAUCUCUCUCUGAAUCGUUAUUUCAUCAAAGUACCACGUUCCCAGGAAGAACCAGGCAAGGGCUCCUUCUGGAGGAUAGAUCCUGCCUCUGAAAGCAAAUUAAUAGAACAGGCUUUUAGAAAAAGGCGGCCAAGGGGAGUACCUUGCUUUAGAACCCCACUGGGACCUCUUUCUUCUAGGUAAGGAAUUGAGGAUGACAAUUUAAACAUAGCGGUUCAGAGGCUUUCCCUUAAGUGUACUUCAGGGUCUACUGACUGGGGGAUGACAUUGCCCAUUUAAACAAGAUUUUUGUCAGAUAAAGAAGUAAUACUGAGUACAACUGGGCACAAAAGAAACUCUUAAGAUUUUCUCCUUGAGGAGGCUUAGUGGUGCUUAUUUUAUGCUUAGAUCUGAUUGUAGUACUGAGGAAGA